AUGCUAUAUGAGGCUCGCACACUCACGCACGUCGGACAGGCAGCAACAUCCGCGGCCUGCGCGACUCCCGCUCUGAAGUCUGAGCGAGCAGUCAGUUCGGCGCCGUCAACCAACACGCGCACACGUAUCCACAGUAAAAUGGCAGCCGCCCACACGCACCCUGCCCCCGCGCCCUCAGACCGUCGCGCUGAGGGCCGAGCUGGUUCCCGCCGUAUUUUUCCACCACAAUUUAAACUACAAGUCCUUGAAGCGUACAGACGUGAUUCCCAAUGUAGAGGAAACCAACGUGCCACCGCUAGGAAGUUUGGCAUCCAUCGCAGACAGAUCCAAAAGUGGCUACAAGCUGAACCUGCUUUGCGAGCGGCGCUGUUAAGGAGAGCUCCACAGCCGGCGCCAUCACCUCCUCCAUAUGCUGCUGGUUCCCCCGAAAGUGCAAGAUUACCUACACCACCUCCACCUCCUACGAUGCCAACGUCAGUUUCAUUGCCUACACCUCUACCUGUUCAAGCAUUGGUACAGCCGUCAACAGAACCUAUAGAUUUAUCAGUACGGAGAUGUUCACCGCUAACGUUAGCGCAUCCACCAGUUGCACCUGAACCACCUCGCAAGCCGUUUAAAUUAUUCCGACCUUACUUACUUGAAGAUGAAGAUGAGAAGCGACCAUCAAUCGCUUCAUUGCCAGUUUCGAAUACAGGAUAUGUUUCUGCGUUUGUGCCAGUACAAAGUGCAGCGGGUUGCGCCUUGACCGCGUGUUCUGCUCCUCAUUGGUGUGCAGCUAUGCCCUCUUACUCGGCUCCUUUGAGAUGAGAGGACGCCGAAGGGGCUGAGCUCCGUAUUUACUGUGAUCUAGUCGCCGACGCCCGCUUGGCGCCAUCUGGGGCGUAGCCCUAAAUCACUGUGCCUUAACAUACACGCCGCCAUAGUGCAUUAUGCCGUCAACCUUAAAUGACUGCUUAUUUUGUGUAUUAAAUAUUAGAAUGUAUUUUUAUAAGUGCAGUUUAUGAAAGAGUACCUACAUAUUAUGAAAUGUUAUUACUAUACACUAUUAUAUAAAAUAAAGAGAGUUGUUUUAA